UCAUGGCUGCAUGAUGGCAACCUGAAGACAUUUUGGCCUGUAACGAAAAAUCCGACUAAAAGGGUCCGAAUGGUGAUGGAAGGCACCGAGCCUACCGACUCAUGGCCAGGUGUGCCAUGCAUCGUUAAAGGCUGGGCUGGGACUUAUGAAGAUGCGCUACGAAAAAUGCAGCUAUUUCUUUACGAAAGCACGGAUGAAAGUGAACCCAUGAAAGAACUAGGCAGAGGUAAAAGAAAAAGACAGCCAAGGCUUCCAGUUGAUUAUGACGACCUGGCUGGGAACGGAACAAGCAGUGACUCCGAUGAGAGCUAUGAGCCACCAAGGCCUCCUACCCCACCGCAGCGAUGCCGUAAGUUCUCCAGAAAGCCUGAAGUAUGUUCUGCCAUGUAUGAAAAGGUUAAACAACCUUCAAAAUCUGGAACAGCAGCGUCACAGUCCCCAGCAGUUUCGCGGUACCUGUACGUAGGCCUGCGACCCAUGCAAUAA